CUCUUCCUCGUGCCUAAUAAAAGAGACCAAAUCAAACUUGCAGGUCUCUACUCUAUAAAAAGCUCACACCAUACAGCAAACAACAACCAACCUCAUCAACAACAAAAUGUCUUCUUCUUAUUCUUCACUUACACUCUUCUUCUCCUUCGCUUCCACAUUCCUCUACACUUCAUCAAACUCAUUCAACAUCACAAACAUCUUAAACCAGAACAAUGAGUUCUCCACUUUCAACAACCUUCUCACCCAAACCAACCUCGCCUCCGCCAUCAACUCCCGUCAAACCAUAACCGUCCUCGCCCUUUCCAACGACGCAGUGUCCCACUUCUCCGACCAAUCAGCCGAAGACAACAAGAAAGUCCUCAGCCUCCUCAUCAUUUUAGAUUACUACGACAUCAAGAAACUCAGAAGCCUGAACAAAAAAUCAGUAAUACUCACCACUCUCUUCCAAGCAAGCGGCCAAGCCAAAGGCGAACAAGGGUUCGUAAACGCAACCGUUAUGAACAACGGUGACGUUAUGUUUGGAUCUGCGGUUCCUGGAUCUAUCCUUGACUCUAAGCUUAUAGACUCUGUUGCCACACACCCAUAUAACAUCUCGGUGCUUCAUAUUAGUAGCUACAUACGUUUCAUGAAUCCUGAUGGUUCAUUUGAUGUUGGUUCAUCAUCUAAACCACUUCCUCCACAACCUCCUAAUGAUGAUGAUUAUGAAUUUGACGAGCCACCAUCCCCACCUUCCUCUACUACUAAGCCCGUUGUUGCUGAUGCUACUGCCGCUACUGCUAAGCCACCUUCUGCUGCUACCGCUAAGCCACCUUCUGCUGCAAAAGCCAACUCAACAAGUGGAGUUUCAGCGAUUAAUGCUCCUAACUUUGCGUCUGCGUUCGUGGUCUCAUCAUUUUGGUUGUUCAUGACGGUCUGGUGAUGUGAUGGUUAAGACUUGACGGCGAUGAAUAACAGGAUGCAAGAAUCAAAAAUAUCAGAUCAGCUUUUUGAGAGCCAGAAAAAAAGAGGAGAUUGGAAGAAAAGUUUUUCACCAAAAACACAAAGAACAGUUCAAGCUUCACAAGUUCUAUGGAAUAAAGGCAACAAUAUCUCUAGAAGAAAUAAAGUGAUUGAUGAUUCAAUAAGGAUAGAGGAAGUUGUAAAACCCAAAAGUUAUUUAUUUGGAUGCUUGGCUAAGUUGUAAGAGAUUUCAAUUGGAAGCCAAUAAAGAAACACAAACUUGCACGGCU